ACAGAGCAGUCGGUGACAGCACCGAGGGCCCCCGCCCCGCGCCCAUGGCCGAGCCGGACCGUGGCCCUCCGAGGCAGUGCCCUCCGAGCUCCAUUCCCGAGAUAAAGAGCGUCAGGCUCAGAACAGCCGAGAACGCACAGGCCGCUGCGCGCUCCUCGGGAGUAGGAGGACCAGGACUCAGAUUCAGACACUGAGGGAGGAGCGGCUGGCGGAGAGGCCGAGAUGGACUUCCUGCGACAUUUCUUCUCCCAGACGCUGGGCCUGGGCACCCAGAAGGAGCGGCUGCUGGACGAGCUGACCCUGGAAGGGGUGACCCGCUACAUGCAGAGCGAGCGCUGUCGCAGGGUCAUCUGUUUGGUGGGAGCUGGGAUCUCCACGUCCGCGGGCAUCCCUGACUUCCGCUCCCCAUCCACGGGCCUCUACGCCAACCUGGAGAAAUACCGUCUUCCCUACCCGGAGGCCAUCUUUGAGAUUGGCUACUUCAAGAAACAUCCAGAGCCCUUCUUUGCUCUUGCCAAGGAACUCUACCCUGGACAGUUCAAGCCGACCGUCUGUCACUACUUCAUCCGCCUGCUGAAGGAGAAAGGGCUGCUUCUGCGCUGCUACACGCAGAACAUAGACACCCUGGAGCGGGUGGCGGGGCUGGAGCCCGAGGACCUGGUGGAGGCCCACGGCACCUUCUACACGUCACACUGCACCAGCGCCCUCUGCCGACGGGAGUACACGCUAAGCUGGAUGAAAGAGAAGAUCUUCUCCGAGGUGACUCCCAAGUGUGAGAAAUGUCACAGCGUGGUGAAGCCUGACAUCGUGUUCUUCGGUGAGAACCUCCCGGCGAGGUUCUUCUCCUGCAUGCAGUCAGACUUCCUGAAGGUGGACCUUCUCCUCAUCAUGGGCACCUCGCUGCAGGUGCAGCCCUUUGCAUCCCUCAUCGGCAAGGCACCCCUGUCUACCCCGCGCCUGCUCAUCAACAAGGAGAAGACCGGGCAGACUGACCCUUUCCUGGGGAUGAUGAUGGGCCUGGGAGGAGGCAUGGACUUCGACUCCAAGAAGGCCUACCGGGACGUGGCCUGGCUGGGUGACUGUGACCAGGGCUGCCUGGCCCUUGCUGACCUCCUUGGAUGGAAGAAGGAGCUGGAGGACCUCGUCCGGAAGGAGCAUGCCAGCAUAGAUGCCCAGCAGGCGGGGUCGGGGAGCCCUAACCCCAACCCUUCAACUUCGCCCAGGAAGUCCCCACCUCCUGCCAAGGAGGAGGCCAGAACCUCGGAGGGAGAGAAACCCCAGUGACAGCCACGUCCCCCGGGGAAGGAUGCCCAGCAAAUCUGGGACAGCAGAGCCCCAGCCAGCCCUGGCCCCCUCUAACUUGCGGCUCUCAUCUGGGGAGCUCAGAACCUCGUCCCAGUCUCUUAACCACUUCCUCUCAAAACUGGGUUCCCAGCCCCCUGACCCUGGCAGAUCUCUAACACCUCCCAGGGGCCGAGGCCUGGGCAGCCCGGCUGUAACAGCCCGCGGUCUCUAACCACCCGCAGGGCCGAGGGUCAACCUCCCCUCAUCUCUAACUGCUCCCCGGGCCAGGGCCGCCUCUAAACUCCUAACUAUUCCGCCCUGGGCCCCAGGGCUCCCAGGGCUCCCAGGGCUCCCCACGCCCUCCACUGCUCCUUGGGGCCUGUGGCCAAGUCGGGCCAGUCCAACCUACCCUGGGCGGGCCCCUCAAACAUCACUCCCACUCAGUGGGGGGAGCUGAGCCUGAAGGCCUCCCUGGUCUGUGCCUCCGACGCCCGAAGCGGGUGCCGGUCCCCUUCCCUUGGGACCCACUUCCCAUGCGGGGAGGGGCAGAUAAUGUUGCUUAUUGGAGACAAAUUAAAAACGGAAACAACUAA